AUGCCCCCGUGUUUCUUACUGGGCCGUGCGUUGUUCUUCCCCCUUUUUGGGGCACACGCGGCCACCUCGGUCGCGUUUGGCCUGCCCGCGUCGUGGGAGCGCGGCCGACCGCUUCUUCGUGGCCCCCCGCGCCGCCUGGUAAAUCCGGCUGCGCAUUCGCCGUGGCCCGUGAAAGACCUUCCGGACGUCGUUGCUGCGCGGCACCGGGUGCGUGCUUGCGGCGCCUGGGGUUCGGAGCUGGGUGCGGAGCCACUUGCCCGCCACGCUGGCUCCGCCGCGGCCCCUGCGCCGCGAAGGGUGAGGGCGUGGGAAACAAAGUUUCCCCACGCCACUCUGCGCGGGCCGGAUUCGCCGGCAUGGGGGAAACGACCUGCAACACGUCCGGGAGCUGGCUGGGCGACGCCGCCAUUAGAGAGCCCCGGGCCCCGUCGAGCCUGCCGGCGCGCUUCUCCACGCGGAUCCCCGGUGCCACCCCCCGUAGUGCGGCCCGCGGACGGGUGCGUGUACGUCGCAACCCCCGGCCGCCUCCCAGAAGAAGACCCGCGCCUAUUCUCCGAGGCGUGUCUUGUCGAAGGCCUUGCGGGAGACGCGGUCGCGGUCACGGCGCCUCGGGAAGCCAAGUUCUCCCUCAGGAGACUCGGAAGCUCUUCCUCCGUGACGCCGGGGUCGCCGCCGGAUAGUCCACGGCGUCUAACGCACGCGCGCCGUCUGCUGCCGGGGACGCUGAAGCCGGGCGCCUGCGGUGUGCCCCGGCGCAUCCGCACGGGAGCCGCGGCGCCGACUCAGGCCCCCAAUGAGGCCCCCACCCCGCGCGCUGCCCCGCGAGGAGCGUCGCGCUCCGCGACUCCCCGCACCGUCGCCAACUCCGCCGUCGGGCCUUCACCGAAGCCAACGACAAGCCCUCGCCAGUGGCGGCUCUAA